AUGCAGGCCAGUGAUAGGUUCAACAUCAAUUCCCAGCUUGAGCACCUUCAAGCUAAAUACGUCGGAACCGGGCAUGCCGACUUGAACAGAUAUGAGUGGGCCGUGAAUAUUCAGCGUGAUAGCUACGCAUCCUACGUUGGCCACUAUCCCAUUCUUGCAUACUUUGCUCUUGCCGAGAAUGAGUCAAUUGGAAGAGAACGCUACAACUUUAUGCAGAAAAUGCUUUUGCCUUGUGGUCCUCCCCCAGAGAGAGAAGAUGAUUGA